UGUUACAGAAGCUGCUUUUUUUUCCAUUCAAACAUUUGAACAUUUAAAAAAAGUGCUAGUAUUGGAAAGAACCGUAUCAUGGCUUCUCUUAAAAUACAAAUUGAAGACAAUUCUAAACAAAACGUUGUUAAUCAUACAGAUGGAAACACACAGAUUGAAGGUGCAAUCAGUAUAUCGUGGACGCAGUUGUUUGCCAUAUGUAUCCUGAUGCAAGUGAUACGUAAAUGUAUACUCUGCUUGGUGGCGUUUGGGUUCGGCUUCUCUGUAGCUUAUCUAACAAUUGGUGGAGACUUAAGCUGUAAGCCAAACCAUUCACAGAACCUACCAGAACUGGACCAACAGAUAUCAAACAUAACAAAGAUUCUUGGUGAAAUUCAGAUGACGUCAGCCGAUAGCAAGCGAGUUGCAGUUACAAUGUGCUUACAAGGAUACCACACAGUUUCCGAGAAUAAAAUUCUCCAGUUUUCAGACGUUCGGGAGCUCUCAGGAAUUACCGAAAAUGAUGGUGUAUACGUUUGUAAAUACAAAGGAGUGUACCUUAUAUCAGUUACCGUUGUUUCUGACACGAAUGAUGCGCAGUUUAUGUUGUUUCAAAACUCAGAUCCCAAGAUGAAAGGGUUAGUGUCUAACGAUCCCCAACAACGACCUAACUCAAUUUACUUUGAAUAUGGCGCCACAAUCGUUGCUGCACUACAACUAGACAGAGAUGAUAGUAUCAGAAUUGUAGCGGAGAGAAAAAUGACGAUAAGCCCGUAUGGUACUUGUUUAACAAUUGUAAAGCUGAGAUAAAUUGUAAAAUACGUGGUUAUAUCCAACCAAAACUGUAAAUUUGAUUUAAUUGUAAAAUACGUUGUUCAUUCCAAACAAAAUUGUUAACUUGAUGUAAUUGUAAAAUACGUUGUUAAUUCCAAACAAAAUUGUAAAUUUGAUGUAAAUUGUAAAAUGCGUUGUUACAUGUAUAUCUA